AAUUAAUUAAAUAUAAUCAAUGCCUGCUAAAAAGAGAACUGUGAGAAUUGGUAAUUGGUAUAAGAGUGAUGAUGAAAACGUUCAUUUCGUUAGAAAGAGAAAAGUAUAGUGAAAUAAAAUCAAAAAGGCUCCAAGACCAGCUAAGUUGAGAAAGAUUGUUCCAGGACAAGUAUUAAUCUUGUUGGCUGGAAGAUUCUAAGGAAAGAGAGUAGUAUUCUUGAAGUAGCUUAAAUCAGGAUUGUUGCUUGUUACAGGUCCAUUCAAAAUUAAUGGUGUCCCACUCAAGAGAGUCAACUCAGCAUAUGUCAUUCCAACAUCAACUAAAGUAGAUGUUAAUGGAGUGAAUGCUGGUUAAGUAGAUGACGAAUAUUUCAAGAGAACAUAAGCUUAAAGACGUAAAAAUGAAUAAGGAUUCUGGGCCAAGAGAGGAGAAGUAAUUUACUAUAUAAUGUAUAGCUUACAGCUGAAUAAUAAACAGCAGAAAAAACAAGAUUGGACGGUAAAAGAAAGACUUAAAAAUCAAUUGAUGAUGCAUUGAUUGCAGCUGUUAAGAAAACACCACUCUUGAAACAAUAUCUUGGUGCACGUUUCAGCAUUGGCAAAACAACUAGACCACAUGAGCUAGUCUUUUGAUUAUUCAAAGAUUUUAUCGUACAAUAUAAAAUAUUAUAUAUCAC